GUGAAAUGAAGUUUUCUUUUCGAAUAUUGUCAUUAAAAAAUUAUUUUAUGAAGUUGUCUUUUUAUUUUUAAAGAAAAAUUAAAAUAAUUUUAAAAGUAAUUAAACAAACAAUGAAAAUUAUUUAAAAAAUAAUUAAACAAACAAUGAAAAUUAUUUAAAAAAUUAAAUAAAAAAUUUUUGAAAAUUUGUUUACUAAUAAAAAAAAAAUAGAAAAUGAAAGGUGAUACCAGAACGGAAUUAUUAUUACGAUAUGGAUCAGCAUUUGUUGCAGCAAUAUUCACAGCAGCGGGAAUGGGAUGUAUCAUUGGUUGGUCAUCGCCAGCAUUGGAAUAUCUAGAAAGUUCCGAAUCACAUUUAAAUUUAACUGAACAUGAAAAAUCAUGGAUUACACCAUUACUACCUGCUGGACAAAUUGUUGGCUAUCUAAUAGUACCAUUUGUACAUAAAUUAAUAAAUGAAAAAUGGACACUCUUAUUAUUUUCAAUACCACAAUUAAUAUCGUGGUUCUUGAUUGUAAUAUCAAAAAAUUCAUAUUACAUUAAUGUCGCUAGAAUUGCCGGUGGUAUAGGUUAUGCUGGUGGACUUUGUGCAUUAACAAUGUAUCUCACUGAAAUUUCAUCACAACACAAUCGUGGAGGUGGAAGAGAAUUUAAGGGGUGAAGAAAUGAUGGAAUUAAAUGGAAAAUCGAAGAGAAUUGAAGUUAUUGAAGAUGGUGAAGUUAAAGAGAAAUUACUUUUGGAAUUUAAGAGGAGAAUUGAAAUCAAGGGAAAGGGAGAAUUUGAUGAAAUUGAAGAUAUUGAAUUAAAUGAAGAUAAAAAAGAAGAUUUAGUGAAGAAAGAACAAAAAGAAGAAAUGGAAGAAAGUAAAAUUCAACAAGAAAAUGAAAAUAGUUUUAAAAUUGAAAAAGAAAUUAAUCACAAAAAUGAAGAAAUAAAUAAUCGAAACAAAUCAAUGAAAGAAAUAAAAAAUGAGAAAAAAAUAAAAAAAGAAAUAAAAAUAAUGGAAAAUAAUAAAAGGGUAGAAAAAUUUAAUAAUAAUUUUAAAAAAAAUUCUCUUAUUUCAAAAAUGAAAAAUUCAAAUUUUUGGAAAUUAUUUACAAUACCAACAUAUCGUAAUGCAAUGUUAAUUGUAAUUUGUGUCACUGCACAGGAACAUUUUGCAGGCGCUUCAGUUAUUAAAGUAUUUACGCAACAAAUUUUUAAAUAUACAAAAUCAUCAAUGUCAACUGAAAUGGAGAGUUUAUUAUUGGGAAUUGUUAAAUUAAUUGCCUCAAUGAUAAGUAUUCAUAUAAUUGAAAAAUAUCAAAGAAAAUCAAUUUUACUUUAUACGGGUCUAUUUGGUACACUUGGUUUAAUAAUUGCGGGAAUUUAUUUUUUUUUUGAAUCAACAAAAUUAAUUGAUGUCACAUCAUUUUCAUGGUUAUCAAUAUUUGGAAUUUUAUUUUAUGAUUUUAAUUUUACAAUUGGAAUAUCAAAUUUUUUAUAUAUUUAUCUUGGUGAAUUAUUUGUGGGUGAAAUUAAAAGUGUCGCCAUUACUGUGUGUAAAGUGAUUUGUUUAAUUUUUAUUUUUAUCAAUAUUUUACUAUAUCAAGAAUUAAAUAAAUUUUUGGGUAUUCAUAUUAUUUUUGGUAUUUAUGCGAUAAAUUCAAUUUUAUUGCUUUCGAUAUUAAUGAA